AUGGAGAACUUGCGUUUGAAUUUGCCGCGGGCUGGCCGGACACCUGUUGGGGCCGCCCGUGCCAUCAAUGGCCGCGUUUUCAUCGCUGGCCUCGUGAUUGGCAAUAUUGGGCCUGGCUGCGAAUCUGCCGAGCUACGUUUGUUCAUGGCGGAGAUUCCCGAGCUCCCAGAUUCCAUGCGCGACAGAUGCUGCAGGCUUAUCCUUCGUGGCGCGCGCAGAACAAGCUGGGCGCGCGUUGAAUAUUUGGAACCAGCAAGUGCUUGCAGGUGCAGCUUUAGAUUUGCCUACUUCAGGUUCCAACAGUGGGAGCAGAGCACAACGGGCAACAAGCAGAGAAUAUUGAAUCCGGACUGGCCGACAACGCUGGCACAAGGUUACCUAGCCGUGCGAUGUCAUGGCUAA